UCAUUUUCCAAACCAACAGUAGUUUUCCUCUCAAUAUUCCCCUCUGUUUUUCACCAAUUCAUUCACUCACUUCCUCCAAAAGGAAUUGUUUUUAUCGUCAAGAUGCCAAGAAUAAUCGCUCCCGUUGCUUCGAUUUUCGGCCCAACAACGACAGCACGUAACAACUAUCGGAAAGGUAACCCAUUUGUCCUUCAUCAUACACUCUUGUUUCAUACUACCCAUUUUUCAACAAACCCUAAUCCCACUGAUGUGAUUGCAAUUAUGAACCGGCAGCAACUACACAAGUUGUUGCUGGAGAAAUCUAAAACGGGUUUUCAAAAGCUCGACCAUGCUCUUAGUUUAUUCCAUCAAAUGGCCGAAUUUCGACCACUUCCUUCUGUCGUCCAUUUCACUCAGCUGUUAACUGCUCUUGCCAAGAUGAAGGAAUAUUCCUCCGUCAUUUCUCUAUAUAAAGAAAUCCGCGAGUUGGGUAUUCCAAUUAAUGAAUAUACGCUGAAUGUUUUGAUCAAUUGUUUUUGCCGGUUGAAUCGAGGGGAUUUUGGGUUUGCUAUCUUGGGUAUCUUCUAUAAGAGUGGUUACACUCCAGACGUGGCUACUUUCACCACUUUGAUAAAUGGGUAUGUUUUAGAAGGUAAGACUUCUGAGGCUGUGAAUUUGUUCAUAAGGUUGAUAAAAUAUGGAGACAUCGAACCUAAUGAAAUCACCUAUGCGACAAUCAUGAAGGGACUUUGUAAAGUAGGACACACUACAAUGGCUAUACGGUUGUUAAGGAAUAUGCAGCAAUGCAACUAUAGGCCUAGUGUUGUGAUGUAUAACACAAUCAUCGACAACCUUUGUAAGGACGGAAACCUAGAUGAUGCUUUGAGCCUCUUAUCAGAGAUGAUAGGGUGGGAUAUUAUGCCUAAUGUGGUCACCUACUCCUCUUUGGUUGAUGGGUUAUGCAAAUCAGGUCGAGCGAAGGAUGCCGCAAGAAUAUUGAGUGACAUGAUGGAGCAAAAUAUUUCCCCUGAUGUUGUAACCUUCAAUAUGUUGAUAAAUGCACUUUGCAUGGAGGGAAGGACGGAAGAAGCCGAGGGCAUACUCCAGAUCAUGAUCCGAAGAGGUGAGGAACCCAAUGUUAUUAGUUAUAGGACAAUGAUGGAUGGAUACUGUUUGCAAGGUCACAUGAAGAAAGCAGAAGAAGUGUUCUACUCCCUAGUUGAUAAGGGCCUUGAGCCUUGUAUCCGGAGCUAUAAUAUUUUAAUCAAUGGUUUUUGCAAAAAGAUGAAUAUAGACGAGGCCAUGGAUCUCUUUAGAGAAAUGCCUUCUAGAGGGUUAAAACCUACCACCGAUACUUACAACACUUUGUUAAAGGGGCUGUUACAUGUAGGGAGGUGUAAUGCAGCAAAUCAUAUAUUUCAUGAGAUGAUGUGUAGCGGUCAAAAUCCUGACAUCGCAACUUACUCAAUUUUGUUAGAUGGAUUCUUUAAAAACAAAAAAAUUGGCAAGGCAGUCAAGGUGUUUCGUUCAAUGCAAGAUCAAGGAAUAGUUCCUAAUAUUGGUAUUUAUAGUAUCAUCAUCAAUGGCAUGUGCAAAGCAGGGAAGAUUGAAGAUGCUCGAAAACUUUUUAGUACCUUCUUAGCUAAAGGUUUGAAACCAGAUGUUAAGAUGUACAAUGUAAUGAUUAGUGGACUUUGUAAGGAAGACCUGCUAGAUGACGCUGAGGAGUUACUCUUGCAAAUGGAGGGAGAUGGGUGCCCACCAAAUGAUGUUACUUACAAUAUUGUUGUUCGGGCAUUCCUGAAGAGGGGAGACAUACAUAAGGUUAAGAUCCUUCUGCAAGAAAUAAUCAACAGGAAUUUCAAACCAGAUGCAACUACUGUGUCCAUAGUGGUGGAUUUACUUACAGUUGAUGGUGAGGAUAGCAAUUUUUUGAAAAUGAUUCUGAGUCUUGUGCCAAGGGAGGAUAGUAAGGCUGUCUCCCAAACUUUAUUAAGGGAAUGAUUUGUAGUAGUCAGAUUAUGGAUGCUAGUGCAAGUGACAUGGAAGGAUUUAUGACGUCCGAUGUCAACUUUAGGAGCAAGUUUCAGCUUUACAAUUGACUUCUUCCCAUUGAGAUUUGCCCUUUGUCCUUAAUUUUGCUUGAGGUUAAACUAUUAUCUUGUUAGGUCAAAUUCUUUUGGUGUUUGUUAUUCAUCUAGAUGAUAAACUGUUUUCCACUAGACGGUCUUUUCUGUUAGUAAAUCUUAUCUUAAGUUGUUAAAUAAU